AGUUAAUGUAACCUUGACAUGUCAUGGGACAUCGCACAUGAUGUCUUUCAAGUAUCAUUGUACUCAUAUAUCCUCUAUAUUAGAACUAAGAAAUUAGGCACAGCCGACAAAAUGAGUAUAUUGAUGGUACCUAAUAAUGGGCCAGUUAGAAACACACCCCAUGUACUACUAUAUAGCCUAGCCAAAUAACAAUUUUUGGUUUGAUAUAUGAAAAAUCUAGUGUCAAGAAUACAUAGAAGCAACAAUGGAAGCAAUUGUGGAUGAUUUUGAAGGAGAAUUGAAGGCAUUGAGGGAGGUUUUCAAUAGUGGAAAGACAAGGGAAGCAUCAUGGAGGAGAGCACAACUAAAAGGGAUACUCUCUCUCCUCAAGGAGAGAGAAAGUGACAUCUUCAAGGCUCUUUAUCAAGAUUUGGGAAAACAUCAUGUGGAAGCUUAUAGAGAUGAGAUUGGAACAGUGGCCAAAUCUGCAAACUAUGCACUUGGGAACUUAAAGAAAUGGAUGUCUAGCAAAAGAGCUAAAUUGCCACUAGCUUCAUUUCCCAGCUCGGGGAAGUUGAUUCCUGAGCCUUUUGGUGUUGUACUCAUCAUAUCAUCUUGGAACUUUCCAUUUGGGUUAUCAUUUGAACCAAUUAUCGGCGCGAUAGCAGCAGGAAAUGUAGUAAUCCUAAAGCCUUCCGAGCUAGCUCCAACAUGUUCCUCGGUUCUCGCUGACUCCAUACGCGAUUACCUUGAUAACGCCGCGAUUAGAGUCAUCGAAGGUGGACCCCACGUCGGUGAAAAACUUCUUCGACAUAGAUUCGACAAGAUUUUCUUCACAGGCGGUGCGCGAGUGGGCCAGGCUGUCAUGACAGCAGCUGCAAGAAAUCUGACUCCUGUGACUCUGGAGUUGGGUGGCAAAUGUCCUGCUGUUGUUGAUUUCAUCUCUAGUUCUAGGGACAGAAAGAUUGCUGUGAAAAGAAUUCUUUGGGGUAAAUUUGGCGUGUGCGCAGGCCAAGCUUGUAUUGGAAUCGAUUACAUUGUCACGUCGAAGACAUUCGCAUCAACUUUGGUGGAACUAUUGAAGAAAGAGAUCAAUACAUUAUUUGGAUACAAUCCGAAGGAUACUAAUACCGUUGCCAAGAUUAUAAACAACAAACAUUUUUCAAGAUUGAAAGGGCUUUUACUUGAACCUGGUGUCAGAUCUUCGAUCGCUUAUGGCGGUUAUAUAGAGGAAGACAGACUAUUCAUUGAGCCGACAAUAUUACUUGAUCCUCCGCUUGACACGGCGAUCAUGAAGGAAGAAAUCUUUGGUCCAUUGCUUCCAAUCAUCACAUUGGGUACAAUUGAAGACAGCAUUGAGUUUAUAAACUCAAGACCAAAACCACUAGCCAUCUAUGGCUUCACAAACAAUGAGAAACUGCAACAAAAGAUGAUUCGCGAAACCUCAUCAGGAAGCAUUACAUUCAACGACGCCGUCGUUCAGUAUGCAGCCGAUACGCUGCCGUUUGGAGGAGUUGGUGGCAGCGGCUUCGGAAGGUAUCAUGGAAAAUACUCAUUUGAAUGUUUCAGUCAUGAGAAGGCAGUGAUGGUGAGGGGAUAUCUUAUUGAUUUCGGGUUCAGAUAUCCUCCAUGGAAUGAUAAGAAAUUGCAGCUGCUUAAAUCUGGUUUACGAUACGAUUAUAUUAAGCUUGUUUUGAUUAAAUUAGGAUUGAAAAGUAAAGCUUGAUUAGUUGUUUUUUAUGUUCAAAUAAAUGUUGAAUGCUUUUAGUUUUGUUUUAUACAUGUAAGUAUUGGAAGUAUGGAUGUAUAAUGUAAUCACCUGCUAUGUAACAUUGUUUGUGAUCAUACAUAUAGUAUUAUUAUGAGUAAGGUACACAGGAUGGGUUCUGUGAUUUACCAAAAUUUUGGA